AUGGUGAAAAUCAGAGAAGCAGCUCGCGCCGCCAUCACAGCCUACGGCCUCGCCACGGAGAAAGGCGGAAACGCGUCGAUCCCGCUGCAAGACGUCGCCGAGUCCCUGGCAGCCUUCUAUCUCACCAAUUUCACCGCUUUCACCCUUGGUAAAAUUACAGUGCUGCCGAACGAUCCAGUGCCGGGUGUCUUGCGGCAGCUUCGGCUCUUGAACGAAAGCGGGAUCGGUACAGACAUCCGGCCUCGCGGCGGCAAGGUGGAGGUCGUAUCCUCGGAAAGCGCGAUCUGUUGGGUCACAUUUGAGAUCUUUCCCAGGACAAGAGCGGUCACAAGAUGGACGUGGACGAACGUGUACGGUUUUCGGCUGGAGAGAGGAAGGAGUAACGGGCUUGAAGGCGGAUGGGAGUUCACCAACCCGGACCAGGAAUUCCAGACAUUACUAGAGCGGGUGCCGACUUUCUACACAGGUGGCAAGGUCGGAUAG